AUCAAAUGAAAGUAUCAAACUUCCAUUGAUUUACUGUAGAUGAGUACACAACAUAUCAGUGGUAAAUAAACAAAACAAAAUCACUGCUUAUUUACCAAAAAAUAUUAAACAUUUAUUUAUUCAUAUUUGAAUGUGUAUAUCUAUUUAGCGGAGAUCUCAAAUUCCUUUCUUUCACCCGAGAUUUCCAUCCGUACAACAAGGUUGUGAAUUGCUCUUUGAGCAGUUGGUGUAUGGGUGGUUAUUUUUGCUGAGAUAUAUUAUGGAUGGGAAUAAGGACGAGGCGCAAAAAUGUGUCGCCAUUGCAAAAGAGGCGAUUGCAUCUGGAAACAAGGCACGUGCUAUCAAGUUUAUUGGUAUGGCACAGCGGCUGAAUCAUAAUCUAUCUCUGGAUGAUCUUUUGGCGGCGUGUAAAGAUCUUGAUGGUUCGAAUACCGUUCCGUCGAAUGGGAGGAAUCAUGUGGAAAGUAAGCCGGUUAAUGGUAAUCAGGUCAGGGGUUUGAAUGCGGAGCAGAGUUAUACGGAAGAGCAUAUUCAGUUGGUUCGGAAAAUUAAAAGGAAUACGGAUUAUUAUGAGAUUCUGGGUGUUGGUAAAAGUUGUUCGGUUGAGGAGGUUAAGAAGGCGUAUAGGAAGUUAUCGUUGAAAGUUCAUCCUGAUAAGAAUAAAGCUCCUGGUUCUGAAGAGGCGUUUAAGAAAGUUAGCAUGGCGUUUAAGUGUCUGAGCGAUGAAGGGUCGAGACGACAGUAUGAUCAGACGGGUAUGGUUGAGGGAGAUGAGUACAGUCAGCAGUAUAAUGUUAGGCGACGAAGAAGGAGAACGGGACAAAGUAUGUAUUAUGAAGAAGAUUUUGAUGCUGAUGAGAUCUUUAGAGCGUUUUUUGGUCAAACGCAAACUGAUAUGUUUCGUACGGCUCAUGUGUACAGAACCAGAAGGGCUGCAGGUGCUCAGGCAAGAGAGGAUACUGGUGGAGGAACAGGGCCUAACUUUAUGCUGCUUCUUCAGCUGUCACCGUUUUUGCUAAUCAUGUUGCUGGCCUGUCUUCCAUUCUCAGAGCCUGAAUAUUCAUUACAAAGGAACUACACUUAUCAGUUCUCACAGACAACGAAGGAAUAUGGAGUGGAUUUUUUUGUGAGAUCAUCCGAAUUUGAUCAGAAAUAUCCUGUUGGAACACCUGCAAGGAGUAAUAUUGAGAAUAAUGUCAUCAAAGAUUACAAAAAUAUGUUGUGGCGUUAUUGCCAUGUUGAACUCCAGAGGCGUUCGUGGAGCAGAAACUUGCCAACUCCCCACUGUGAUAAGCUUGAAAGCUUAGGAAUAGCGACAUAGGGUGAAGAGCAUAUUCAGAGUUGAUAGAUGGAAAAAUAUUUUUUCCAUUUCUCAAGAACUUCAGCACUUCAGCUGGCUGGUGCACUCUCGGAAGUUGGGUAAAUUUCAUAUUUUGUGUAGCAGUGUUUGCUCGGUCAUGCAUUUAACUGCAAGGUUUGAUUUAGCAUGGAUGUAGUAGCUUUUGUGUAAAGAUACUGUUGUUGAAGGUUAGAUUUAUACAUAAUAUAUUAUCAGAGAGGGUGUAAAAGUGUUCUGAAAAUAAAUGACCUCCAAUUAUCAGCUGAUAACGAGGAGGAAUGCUUUGAAUU